UGUGUCUUCUGAUCAGCGACAGCUAGCUCCUGUGUUGUGAAUAUGACAACAAGGUGCAGUAAUUCAAGAAACGAGCAUUAUUAUACACGACUGUAACAUCGGUAGUGCACUCUGUCGCGAAUGUAAAAAGGACGUUGCUGUCUUUUCGGGACCUAACUGUCACAUACAAAGGAGUGAAAUAGCCAACCGAACCCUGUUGAUGGAAAGGAUUAACAAGCAAAGGCUGCCAGUGUGACCCCACACCAAGACCAUGGCUGCGGCCAGCACAACCAAGACUUCAUGGAGGCUCCAGGACAUAGUGGCUCACAGGAGCAAUGUCUCGUCACUGGCUCUGGGGAAGGUCUCAGGGCGUCUGCUGGCAACAGGAGGAGAAGACUGCCGAGUCAACAUCUGGGCUGUCAACAAACCCAACUGCAUAAUGAGUUUGACGGGUCACACCAGUCCGGUGGAGUGCAUCCAGUUCAAUGGCUCUGAGGAGCAGGUGGUGGCGGGUUCCCAGUCUGGCUCUCUGCGCCUGUGGGACCUGGAGGCAGCAACGAUAUUGCGUACGUUGAUGGGGCACAAGGCUAACAUCACCAGUUUGGAUUUCCACCCGUAUGGCGAGUACCUUGCCUCUGGGUCCAUGGACACUAAUGUGAAGCUAUGGGAUGUGAAGAGAAAAGGCUGUGUGUUCAGAUAUAAGGGUCACACACAGGCCGUACGCUGUUUGGCCUUCAGUCCUGAUGGGAAAUGGCUCGCAUCUGCAAGUGAUGACAGUACGAUAAAGCUGUGGGAUCUCACCGCCGGUAAAAUGAUCACAGAGUUCACGUCACACACAGCAGCCGUCAACAUUGUUCAGUUCAACCCCACUGAGUAUCUACUAGCCUCGGGUAGCGCAGACAGGACCAUUAAACUGUGGGAUCUGGAAAAAUUCACAAUGGUCGGCUCAUCUGAGGCAGAAUCUGGAGGUGUCAGGUGUAUAGCGUUCAGUCCUGACGGAGGCUGCCUCUUCAGCGGCUCGGUGGACAUGCUGCGCGUGUACGGCUGGGAGCCCGACCGCUGCUUUGAUGUGGUGCCAGUGGGCUGGGGCAAGGUGGCAGACCUCGCCAUCUGCAACAACCAGCUGAUCGGUGUGUCGAGUAACCAGUCCACAGUCAGCUCGUACGUGGUGGAUCUGACCCGGGUUAAGCGCUCGGGAUCUGUGAUCCAGGGGGUGAUCCAGGACGACAAGCCUCUGGCAGAACCCCCCGCCAAGGGAGCCACCCUCCGCCGCAACUACGAGCGCCCCAUCACCUCCUGCACGGGACAGAGGAUGAAGGAGAGUUCGGAGUCGGACCGGCGGAGUCCGGAGGGGGAGAGGCGGAGCCCGAGCAGCGAGGACGAGCGCGAGGAGAAGGAGAAGGAGAAGGGGAGCAGCACAGAGAUCACCAACCCGGACGACUACAAGGAGGUCUUCCAUCCACGCAACGCCAUCUCUCGGACCCCUCCUAAACAUCCAGAGCCCUUCCCAGCCCCACCAGAUGACGCUGAAAGUUUUCCAGUGAAGCCCAAUCAGAUAGACAUUGUGACCCCCUCAUCAGACAAAGCUACGCCGUUCACAGUGAAGAGCGUGCCUCUCUGCACCUCGACGCCAGUGGUGAGGGUGGAGCCCACCAUAGUGACCAGUGCCCCCCGCUCCACCACGGCGGUGACGUCAUCAUCCAGCGCCCCUAGCAACCGGCCCACAGUCACCACGGCCAAGACGAAGCAGCCACCAAAUGUCAUCAUGUCCUCGCGCAAUAAACCCAUCGGACUCAACGUAGCAGACUUUUUACCGCCUGGUAAAAUGUCUGAUGACGAGGCACUGGGUCAGAUUAAGAAAGGUCAUGACACCAUGUGUGUGAUGCUGACCCGGCGCUGCAAGAACCUAAACACUGUACGAGGAGUCUGGUCCAACGGAGACGUCAAGGCGGCUGUGGAUCUUGCCGUGUCGAUGAAGGAUCUCUCCAUAGUGGUGGACAUACUCAACAUUGUCAACCUUAAACCGUCGUUAUGGAAACUAGAUUUGUGCACGUCCAUUCUGCCUCAGAUAGAAGAGCUGUUGCAAAGCAAGUAUGAGAGCUAUGUGCAGACGGGGUGUGUGUCCCUCAAGCUCAUCCUGAAGCGCUUCUGGCCCCUCAUCUCGGACACACUCACCGCACCGCCCUCCGUCGGGGUGGACAUCACAAGGGAGGAGAGGCUUCAGAAGUGCAAGAUGUGCUACAAGCAGCUUUUAAACGUCCACAAAGUGGUGAAAAAUCACGCCAAACAAGUGGGACGGCACGGGAGCACUUUCACAGAACUUCAACUACUGAUGGUUCCCCUGGACAAAUGAGACAAUCACCACACACGACACACUGGAACACACACACACACACACACACACACACACACACACACACACACACACACACACACACACACACACAUGCUGUACACUACAUGCACAGUAUUUCUAAAAAAAAGACUUUUUAAGUAUAUACCUUUUUCACCUUCCCUUUCUUCUUGGGGUUUUCACUCUCAAUCACUUACAGCCUAUAACAUUGGCCAGGUUCGUGAGGGCACACGCUGCACUCUGCGCAAUCACAAUGCAUGCAUUCACGAACGUGGCCAUUGGCUGAGUUCUUUUGUACGAGCCCAUAGUGGGCGUAGCCUUUUUGGAGGACCACAUCAAAGCACGGCACAUAAACGAAACAGGGGGCUGGGGAUGUUUUCUUUUUAGUGUCUGAUUUCUUGUUUUUUUUUUCUUUCUUUCUUUCUUUUGUACUUGAACCAAUGAGGAGAAUUUUAUUGUAAGAAAAAAAAUAAAGUAUUUUGUAAAAAUGA